UUAUUUAUGAUCAAAGUGAAGUUAGUCGAGUACAUCCGCUUCUGUGAAUUCAAAACAUUAAAACGAAGUGAGAAAAACAUAAAAUGUGUAAAUUCAUUAAAUAAUAAAAUAGUUAAUAAAAAUAAAAUGUCAUUUACUUCAAGAGCUGUUUUAUACGGUAGCUGUCUAGUGACCGUUGGUAUUGUUGGAUUUGUUCAUUACAAACAACACGAUGAUAGGCAACAACUUCAUUUGGGUGUAAUUCGAGAUAUCGAAAGACAGGAACGUCGAAAGGCGGAAAAUUUGUAUUUAUUAGAGCAGCAAAGAGAACUUACUAAAAAAAUGAAACGUGAAGAAACUAUAGAACAAUCUGCUGUUGGAUAGUUCUAUUAUUUAUUUAAAUAAUUUUUAAAUUAUACUGCAUUAUAUAAUUAUUAUUUUACAAAACUUUGUAUUUAAUAUAAAUAAUCUUUUGAUGAAAAUUCAAAAGCAAACUUGUUAAAUAUUUUAGUAAAAUUAUUUAUUCAAAUAAUUUUCUUUUAUUUAAAAACAUUGUCGACCGUUUUUUAUUUAACUUGACAAUUGAUUACAUAGUAAAUUAUUUAUCGAUUUAAAUUUACUAAUUUUUUUUUGUUUACACCACAUAGAAU